CCCCGUGGUGUUCCACAAAUUGAAGUCAAGUUUGACAUUGAUGCAAAUGGCAUUCUUUCUGUAACUGCUGUUGAUAAGGGCACUGGGAAGAAGCAGGACAUCACCAUUACUGGCGCUAGCACCUUGCCAAGUGAUGAGGUUGAGAGAAUGGUGAAGGAAGCAGACAGAUUUGCUGAGGAGGACAAGCAAAAAAGAGAUGCCAUUGACACAAAGAACCAAGCUGAUUCUGUUGUAUACCAGACAGAAAAGCAGCUAAAAGAGCUUGGGGACAAGGUUCCUGGUCCCGUGAAAGAGAAAGUUGAGGGCAAACUUCAAGAGCUCAAGGAUGCUAUAUCUGGGGGCUCAACACAAGCUAUGAAGGAUGCCAUGGCAGCCCUUAACCAGGAAGUGAUGCAGCUUGGUCAGUCCCUUUACAACCAACCAGGUGCAGCUGGAGCUGGUGGUGCUGGUCCUGCACCUGGGGCGGAUGCUGGAUCUUCAGAUUCCGGGAGCAAGGGGCCUGAUGGAGAUGUUAUUGAUGCAGAUUUCACUGACAGCAAAUGAGCAAAAGAAAUGUUGGCCAGUGUUUAUCGGUGUGCAUUGGAAACGGGUUUUGCAGGUGUAAUGGCUUUGGUGGUCAUUUUUGUUUCCAAUGGAAGUUGUAAACAAUUGAUUCUAGGACUAUAGAGGACAUAGAGAUUGAUGCUUCAAAAUGCUCUUGAUUAAAUAUUGUUUAGACUCAUCAUUGAUUAAUAAUAAAUCAAAAUAAUUAGU